CAUGCCAAAGCUCCAGAGCCCGAAGCUGCCGCAGCCUCAGUGAAGGGUACUGGAGCAGCGAAGAGCUGCAUCUGCGGGCAACGUUUUGUACCAAAGCUACGUGCUUCGGGGCUUGAACCUAGCUCGCUGCUGGCGCCAAUCUCACCCCGCCUCCUCCCCACCUGGCGAGCCCCUAGUCCAGGCCGAGGUCUUGACUCGAGGAAGGAAGGCGCGUGUCAUCGGCCUUAGAGAACCUCAGAGCGUGCGCCAUGGGGCCACCGCCCUGGGCUGGGGUCUCCGAUGGUUGUGGCUUUUCCCGAUUGCUGAUGUGGUGCUUCCUGCUGGCCCUGAGUCCUUGUACCCCCGGCUCCCGAGUAGCAGAAGCUGUGUGGACAGCAUACCUCAACGUGUCCUGGCGGGCUCCGCACACCGGGGUGAACCGCACCGUGUGGGAGCUGAGCGAGGAGGGCGUGUACGGCCAGGAUUCGCCGCUCCAGCCUGUGGCCGGGGUUUUGGUACCGCCCGACGGGCCGGGGGCGCUCAAUGCUUGUAACCCGCAAACGAAUUUCACGGUGCCCACGAUCCCAGGGGACUGGGGAAGCACAGUGCAAGUCUCUUGGCUGGCCCUCAUCCAGCGCGGAGGGGGCUGCACCUUCGCAGACAAGAUCCAUCUGGCUUAUGAGAGAGGGGCAUCUGGAGCCGUCAUCUUUAACUUCCCUGGGACCCGCAAUGAGGUCAUCCCAAUGUCUCACCCGGGUGCAGGAGACAUUGUUGCAAUCAUGAUUGGCAAUUUGAAAGGCACAAAAAUUCUACAAUCAAUUCAAAGAGGCAUACAAGUAACAAUGGUCAUCGAAGUAGGGAAAAAACAUGGCCCUUGGGUGAAUCACUAUUCAAUUUUCCUUGUUUCUGUGUCCUUUUUUAUUAUUACGGCAGCAACUGUGGGCUAUUUUAUCUUUUAUUCUGCUCGAAGAUUACGGAAUGCAAGAGCUCAAAACAGAAAGCAGAGACAAUUAAAGGCAGAUGCUAAAAAAGCUAUUGGAAGGCUUCAACUGCGCACACUGAAACAAGGAGACAAGGAAAUUGGCCCUGAUGGAGAUAGUUGUGCUGUGUGUAUUGAACUAUAUAAACCAAAUGAUUUAGUGCGCAUCUUAACCUGCAACCAUAUUUUCCAUAAGACAUGUGUUGACCCAUGGCUGUUAGAACACAGGACUUGUCCUAUGUGCAAAUGUGACAUACUCAAAGCUUUGGGAAUUGAGGUAGAUGUUGAAGAUGGAUCAGUGUCUCUACAAGUCCCUGUAUCCAAUGAAAUAUCCAAUAGUGUCUCUCCUCCUGAAGAGGAUAAUCGCAGUGAGACUGCAUCAUCUGGAUAUGCUUCAGUUCAGGGAGCAGAUGAACCACCUUUGGAGGAACAUGUGCUGUCAGCAAAUGAAAAUCUACAGUUGGUAAACCAUGAAGCAUGUUCCAUGACAGUGGAUGUUGUUCCUCAUGUUGACAACCCAACCUUUGAAGAAGAUGAAACUCCUGAUCAAGAGACAGUUGUUCGAGAAAUUAAAUCAUAAAAUCUGUGUCAAUAGAAAUCUUGAGCCUUUAGUAAUAACAGAUCUGCCAAUUAGGGCCUAGUUUCUUAUUAAUGAACCUGAUAGAUUUAAUAAAGUAAGAAUGCAAUGGAAAGUGCUGAGAUGACUAAUAUUAUGGUAUACUUUAAUGGCUUUAAAUAUUUAACCUGUUAACUUUUUUCACAAACUCAAUAUAUUAUUUUUCAUAGUUUCCUCUCAAUAAUAAUAGCAAGAUUUUUAAACAUUCAAAACUCUCUUCAAAUAUAAGUCAUGUUUUUCAUUUAUAACAAUUUUCUUAUAAAAAUAUGUUGUUUUUAAAAUGUGAAAUAGCUGUGAUCAUUUUGUUUUAUGAUAGUACCUUAGUUAAAAAAUACUACUAUUUUAGCUUGGGCUGUAUGUGUCAGGUUUUUCUCCAGGUGCUUAUGUUGAUCUGGAAUUGUAUUAUAAAAAGCGAUGCAAACUUAAGCUAAGACUUCAUGAAAUGUCUAUUUAAGCUACAUUGAGUUGAUAGAACAAAAUAAAAGCAAAAUAAUCAUUUUAAUUCUUAUUUUUAUAUUAGGUUAAAUGUACUUCAUGUUAAGUGUUGAGCAUAGUUUAUCAGAGAAUAUGGACUGGACUGGAUCAGUUGGUAUAUUAGUGCACUAAUGUGACACAAAAUUACAGACAAAAAGUUUCCUUACAAAACUGUAACAAUUUCAAAAGUAGAGUUAUCAUACUAUUUGAAAAGGAUAAGCUGAGUGUACAUUUUACCUAAAUGGGCUAAAAUCACAGUAGCUAAACUAAAAUUCUGUCCAUGUAGCUAUAAAUUUUGUGAAUGCAUUUUCUUGGUGUUUGAAAAAGAAUUGGGGGAGGGGGAAGAAUUCCAGGUGCCUUAAUAAAAAGUUAGAAGCUCCAUCCACCAAAGUUAAAUAGAGCUAUUUAAAAAUGAACUUUAUUUGUAUUCUGUAUGGCUUAUCUUUUUAGUUUUGUUUCCAGUGCAAAUUCCAGCAGAAUUUAAGCAAAGGCAGAACAGACAUGUAUUUUUGUUUCCUAAAUGUAGAACAGAUGAAACCAUUGCAUUCUUGUACACUGAUUUGAAAUGCUGUAAAUAUGUCCUGAUUUGUAUUGAUUAUCUUUAAAUAUAAAGUGUAAAUAAAAUAUUAUAAUAAAAUA